AUGGCACCGUUAAUACCAGUGCCCGGUUCCUCGGGUGGGCAGGGUACACCGGAACUUUCGGUGCGCGUCCCCGUCAGCAACAGUCAGGAGAGCUCCCCGACAAUACUGGGACUACCACUGAAAUAUGUUUCGUUGGUGACGCUAGCCGUGCAAAAUGCGGCGCUUUCAAUCGUAAUGCACUACUCGCGUGUCUCAACUUCACCUUCUGAUUCCUAUUCGCCUGCAUCCGCCGUGUUGCUCAACGAGCUGAUCAAGGGCUCGAUAUCGUUCAUCAUCGCGCUAUACCACGCAUCCCUCCUGCCCGCCCCGCGCUCUCCCGGACCAGCUCAGCCGCCUUCCUCCCCCUUCAUUCGCUUAUGCCGCGACAUCCUCAGCCCAGAUUGCUGGAAACUAUCCGUACCUGCGCUACUAUACGUGGUUCAAAACUCGUUGCAGUUCGUUGCCGUCAGCAACCUGCCCGUGGCCACCUUCCAGGUCGCCUACCAGAUGAAGAUCCUCACCACCGCCGCCUUCUCCGUGGUCAUGCUACGCAGACGGUUAACCCCUACCAAAUGGUUUGCCCUUCUCUUCCUCGCCCUCGGUGUCGGGAUCGUGCAGGUGCAAACGGCAGUGAGCCCGCCCAAAGUUGUGGUCGCUGUUGCGGAAAUGGACAAUGGCAUGGAGGGUGUACACCACGCCGCAAGCCACGGGCAUGAGCACUCUUCCCCACAUGUUCACGUCAUGAGCCCGCUCAAAGGGUUUGGCGCCGUUGUUCUCGCCUGCUUCACUUCGGGACUCGCAGGCGUGUAUUUCGAAAUGGUACUCAAGGGCUCCAAAGCCGACCUCUGGGUUCGCAAUGUCCAGCUUUCGCUCUUCUCCCUCCUCCCGGCGAUUGCGCCCAUCUUGUUUUCUUCCUCCCCGGAGAGCUCCGCACCUUCAGGCCUCUUCGGUGGCCUCUUUCGUAACUUUGGCGGGUGGGCCUGGGCGACUGUACUCAUCCAAGCCCUCGGUGGUCUCAUCACCGCGCUCGUUAUCAAGUAUUCGGACAACAUCAUGAAGGGCUUCGCGACCUCGCUCAGCAUCAUCCUCUCCUUCCUCGCCAGCGUCGCGCUUUUCGACUUCCACAUUACCCCCAGUUUCGUGAUUGGUGCCUCAACCGUCCUCGCGUCUACGUGGAUGUACAACCAACCGGCCGGACAGGAGGUCCCCACCGCCGUAGCGAAGGUGAUGCCCAAGUCCAUUCACCACUCGCCGUCUUUUCCCGGGUCACCUAUCAACGGGAGCGAGCCAAUCCUGGGCCAGUUCCCAACGAAACGCGGCUCACCAUUUGGCUCACCCCGGGCGCUCGCUACCGCGCUCGGCCUCACGUCGGAGAGGGACAAGGACAAGCGCAGAUCCAGCGAGGAGUCUAAUGCGUCGAAUCCCGGAUUCGAGCACAUGGCGGACACGAACAGAUACCUUAGUGCUCCGUACGGGUCCCCGUACCCUUCCAGGACGCCGUCGCCUACGCCGAGCAUAGAUGAUCAUGGAAGCAGGUGGAAAUAA